AUGGCGGAAGUCUUCCCCUCCGAGGAGAAGACGGAGCCGUUUACUCCGGAAGAGCUCCAACAAAGACUCCUCGGAGGCAUCCAAGUCGACGAGGUCGAAGAUGCGCACCAAGAUACCGUACCACUGGACGACCUAGUCGUCGAGGAAGACCAUCAUAAGCAAGGCAUCCGUAUCUUGGUACGGCCAUUGACACGGAACCGCUCAGUGAGCCCCGGAAACGACAACAUACAGUGGUUGGCCUUGCGAGCCGAGGUGGCUGACCCUUCCCAGCCUAUGUCCAAAGUGCUCGCGGUGACUCAGACCUCCAAAGAUAUCAACUUCUCCAUUAGAAUACCGCAAGGCGAUAAUGAGAACAGGCCGCCGAUAUGGUGCGAGCUGUACUAUAAUCCGGUCAGCGAUAGCUUAAUUUUGUGGAACAAGUCGGAUGUGCCUAUCGUCCUCGCUAGGAUAUCCCAACUAAGUCCCCCCGCCGGCGUAAACUCUGACCAGGAGCUCGUCCCGGGUAAUACUAAGGACCUGUCUCCAGGCACCUGGCGAAUCAGCGUCUACACAAUUCCGGUCCUUGACUUUAGGAUACUUGAGAAGCGACCUGCCACACGUCUACUCCCUUAUGACGGCGCUGACUCGUCCGUAAUCUCGAGCUUAGACGUCGUGAACUCUUUUGGGAAACGGUCCUUCCUGCCUGAUGCUAGUGACGACGAGCCAGACAGCCCAGUCGCCGAGAAGAAGGCUCGUAAGGAAGAUGGUGAAGAGAAAGACGGCGUCAUCAUAUUCAUGGGCCCGGAGGAUAAGCAGCUCAUGUUCCCUCUUCCCAACGCGGCCAAGACGAAAGAGGUCGCCAUACCCAACGGCCACGCUCUUCUGGAGAUCCAGAAGGACGAGACAGCUUCUAUACCUGGCGGAUGUGAGCUCGACGAAUACCAAUUGACGAAGCGCGAGCAGAUCGCCACGACGGGUGCCUCGGCAGUGUUUACCGCGGAGCACUCUCACGUUUCGGAGGGAGUCAUCACGGUUAAGGUGCUCAAGACUCGCAAUCCUAAUGCCUCUGAUGCUCGGCCGCAGGAGACGCACCGGAACGUGAUCCGCCAGGCGGAUAUUUGGCUGCGCGAGUAUCAGAGUCAGGAGGACCUGCGUCAUGAAUCUAUUGUACGGCUAUAUGGUGGCGACGCGCGGUACUUGUCGCUAUACAUGGAGCACGUGGAUGGCAAGGAUCUCGCAGCCCGCGGCGUAUGGCGGGACGGGGCCACUGAUCUGUUCGUCGGCGGCCGCCACGAUGCUGUGCGCAUCCUGCGCGACAUUGCUGGCGCUCUGCAUUACGUACACCAGAAGCGCAAGAUCCACAACGAUAUCAAGCCAGCUAACAUUUUGUACUCGCGCGAUCGCGGCGCCGUUCUCUGCGACUUUGGCUUGUCGACUCGCACUAUCGAUCCGGCCACCAACGGCGGUACCCCCUACUACGUACCCCCCGAGUUUAUCGGUCAAAAGCUACGUGGUCCCGAAUCCGACGUAUGGGCUCUUGGUGUCACCAUGUUAUACGUUCUACGCAAAAUUCCCUUCCCAGAUGCCCGAGGGCGACAAGGUCACCCGAAGCAGUUAUACUGGAUGAUCGCAGAUCUAAACAGGAAAGCCCCUCCUUUACCACAUAACCACGGUCAUGCAGGUAACAGAGCUACAUCGGCCGUUCAUCAGAUGCAGCAGUGGCUCAGCGAGGUCAACGAGGCUAAGACUCGCCUAAACCAACGGGACCGCGUCGAGUAUUUAGUUCGGCAGAUGUUAACACCUAACCCGAACCAACGCAUCACUAUGGAGGUGGUGAUAAGCGAGUUACUAAAGGAGAAUGCAGCCUCAAAUAAGUGA